AUGGCAGAUAUUUUAGAUUUGAUACUCAAGAAGAAGCCAGAUUGGAUUCAUUUACGGGAUGAAGAGGGAAGGACACCUCUCCAUUGGGCAGCAUCUAUUGGAUACCUUGAAGGUGUUCGUCUCUUGCUUGGUAGAAAUGCUUCCAUUGCCACUGAAAGGGAUAAAAAUGGUCUCUUCCCAAUUCACAUAGCCUCCGCCAAGGGUCAUGUUCAUCUCAUUCAAGAGUUGCUUCAGUAUUGGCCCAAUUCAAGAGAGUUGCUCAACCAUAAUGGUCAAAAUAUUCUACACGUUGCAGCUACAACUGGAGAACUUAAUGUAGUGAACUACAUCCUUAAAACUCCUGGACUUGAGUCGCUUAUAAACGAUACGGAUAAGGAUGGAAAUACACCCUUGCAUUUGGCCACCAUGCAUUGGCAUCCCAAACUUGUUAGUGCUUUUACGUGGGACAAGAAGGUGGACCUAACAUUGAUUAACAGUGAAGGAUUAACAGCUCUUGAUAUUGCUGAAUGCUCUAUGGGAAACACGUUGACCUUUCGACAGCGACUGACAAUGAUUCCAUUAAGAGCUGCUGGUGUGCCAAGAAAUCCUAGUGCCAAUGCUCGAAGACAAUGUUCUAUUAUAUUGGAGGAACAGAAGACGGAUAUCUGUAAAGACAAAGUCAACACACUUCUGUUGGUGUCCACCGUUGUUGCCACAGUGACCUUUGCUGCUGGAUUUUCAAUUCCUGGUGGCUAUAACUCCUCUGGCGAAGAUUCUGGCACAGCCACUUUGAUAACACACAACUUAUUUCACGUUUUCAUUUUUUGUGACACUAUAGCAAUGUAUAGCUCCGUUGUUGUUGCUGUCACUCUGAUUUGGGCUCAAUUAGGGGACGUCCAUUUAGUGCUUAUCGCGCUUAAAACAGCAUCACCACUUCUUGGAGUUGCACUUGCCACAAUGUCUUUGGCUUUCUUGGCUGCAGUAUACCUUGUUGUGAGCACACUCAAUUGGCUUGCCAAUGUUAUUAUGAUCAUGGGUUUGGUCUUCUUGGUGGCUCUUAUAGCACUCUACUUCUUUCUUUGGUUCCCGAUGUCAUCGAGUUGCCUUAUAUUGCGUUACGUAUCUUACUAUCCUUUUUGUCUUCUGGUACUGGUGGCUGGAAGUGGUGAAUUGGUAGUGUGA